UAUCAAUUCCCUUUUUCGGUUGGGGGCAAAGACCACCCUACACCGGCAACAAAUUGGGCGCUCGAGGUCUGUCUGGAUCUAAUCAUGGCGAUCCCCGGAGCGACGACGCCGGCGUUGGCCUCUGGAUCGACGGGGGCGACAACCGAUUCAGCGGUGCGCGAGGUGGCGUACGUUUUGGGCGCCGCCGGUCCGGCCGUGGCCGAUUCGGUCGUAGGCGUGGACUCGCCAGAGAUGCGGCUGUUGGAUCAGGGCCGGGCGCUUCUGGGCCAGGUUGGCGCCUUGUCUGAUAUCGAGUUCUCCGGUGCGUUCAGUUCUAGGGGCGGAGGUGUGGCGUCGGCAGGCGCCGGCGACGGGGCGCGCACCGUCGACUCAUGCGCGAUUCAGUCCUUCCGACCCGGUGCCCCAACAGCUGCAAACACCACCUUCCGUCCUGCAUUUAUUUUCAAACUGAAUGAUGAACAAAUACAGAAAACGGGUUCAUCAAUGGAUCGAGUGUUCAGUGCAACUUAGUGCCUGGUUCGGGCAUUCGUAGAACCGGAUGUCGGGUUCCGGUUUUUCCGGACACAUACCACCUUAUCCUGGUCCCGGGGCACCUUGGGCACAAGAUCAAUGGCAGCGGUGUUGGAGUUGCCCGGAGACGACGAGCAGACAAGGAGCUCCGGGACAUCUCGGCACAGCGGCGAUGGAUCAGGACAGCAGGAUGCUUCUGCGUGGUGGAAAAGGACGUUGCCACUUGCCAGCGAUCAGUACUGCCGUUCGUCGUGGUGGAAAGAGUUUUUCGUCCUUCCGCCUGCGAGCGUACUCGGCGUGUCAGAUCGUACUGUCAGGCGCCGAGCUUCGAAUACACAUAUACGCUACAUAUCGCUGUCCAACGCUUACCUAUACUCUAACUAGCACUCUCGGCUGAUUCGAAUCGCGACGGCACGCGCGCCGUCGAUUCGGUGCGUGCAGAUGCCACUGCGUCCAUGGAUGCACUUCUCAACACCAGCAUAGCUUUCAUUACCCCGAAACAUGAAAGGAAGGCCUCUUAUAUCCUAAAAA